CCAGGAGAAAAGGCACAGUUGAGUGUGUUCAUGAUUGUGCUUACAUACGUGAGCUUAAUUUUCUCCCUAAAACUAAGUAGAUUACAAUGACACUAGAGGCUGCAAUUUUUCAACAAGACCCCUUUGCUUAUCCUUCUAAAGAGCUGUACAACACAAUUAGUGAGUGGAACUUCUGUGAGUUUGGUAGUUUAGGGAAUAUUGUUGAGGAGGAGAUGAAGGGAGUAGUGUUAAAAAAUGAGAUGAAUGGCACUGGAGGUGGUGGUGAUUAUGUAAAUUUCAAUCACUGCAGUGCAAAUUCGUCGGCAUCGCCAGUGACCGGCGAGGCCUUUGCAGGGAGAGAAGAUAAAGCAGUUGAAGAGAGGCCGACGACCAGAAGAAAACGAAGGCGAACAAAGAGCUACAAGAACAAGGAAGAAGUGGAGAGCCAAAGGAUGACUCACAUUGCAGUCGAACGAAAUCGAAGGAAGCAGAUGAACGAAUAUCUCGCAGUCCUUCGUUCUUUAAUGCCUGCAUCGUAUGCCCAAAGGGGUGAUCAAGCAUCGAUCGUUGGAGGAGCGAUAAAUUUUGUGAAGGAGCUGGAGCAGCGCCUACAGACCCUAGAAUCGAAGAAGCAUAAGCAAUCCUCUCCCUUUUCUAGGUUCUUCACAUUUCCACAGUAUUCAACCUGUAACAAUACUAAUGGAGGAGUUGCUGCUGAUAUCGAGGCAACAAUGAUCGAGAGCCAUGUCAAUCUCAAGGUUCAACUGCGGCGACAACCAAAGCAGUUGCUCAGGAUGGUGAUGGGGCUUCAGAGCUUCUGGCUUACAAUAUUGCAUCUCAAUGUUACUACCGCGUUGGAUCAGAUGGUGAUGUAUUCUUUUAGUCUUAAGGUUGAAGAUGAUUGUCAAUUGACAUCAGUAGAUGAGAUUGCUGCAGCAGUUUAUCAAAUGAUUGGGGGAAUGCAGAAUUAGUACUGCUUGUAGUUGAAUUCACUGUGAAAACACAAUUAUAAACAUUAAUUAGGUUAUUGUGGUUUGGUUAAUUACCUGGCUGGGAAUAUUGAGUUUUGCUUGUUACAUCGAUUGGAU